UGGUUUCCGCGACAGCGGGUGCGGCUGCUUUAGCCCGGCCUGGGCUCCGCGGCUGCCUGGAGGGUCUGUGCAGCUCCCAUCUCUUCUCCUCCAGGAUCCCACUCCAGCAGCGACCCUGAGCCGACAGCCGGAGCGACAGGCAAUGGCGGCCUCGGCGGCCUCACACCGGCCCAUCAAGGGAAUCCUGAAGAACAAGACCUCUGCGGCUUCCCAGGUGGUGGCCUCGGCCGAACAGCCCCACCGGAGCGUCGAGGAGGAGCUGAGUAAAAAGUCUCAGAAGUGGGAUGAAAUGAACAUCCUGGCAACAUAUCAUCCAGCUGACAAAGACUAUGGUUUGAUGAAAAUAGAUGAGCCAAACACUCCUUACCACAAUAUGAUAGGCGAUGAUGAAGAUGCCUACAGUGAUUCAGAAGGCAAUGAAGUCUUGACUCCAGAUAUCUUAGCUAAGAAAUUAGCUGCUGCUGAAGGCUCAGAGCCAAAGUAUCGGACUCGGGAACAGGAAAGCAGUGAAGAGGAAGAUAAUGACCUUUCACCUGAAGAGCGAGAGAAGAAGCGGCAGUUUGAAAUGAAAAGGAAGCUUCACUACAACGAAGGACUGAAUAUUAAGUUAGCUAGACAGUUAAUUUCAAAAGACCUACAUGAUGAUGACGAAGAUGAAGAAAUGUCAGAAACUGCAGAUGGAGACAGCAUGAAUAUCGAAGAGUCAAAUCAAGGAUCUACUGCAAGUGACCAUCUGCAACACAAAUCACAAAGUUCAUAAAAGAAAUGUGUUCAGCAGCGCAGUCGUUUGUCAAAUACAAACCUUGUUCCUAUACUACACUGCUUCUUUGUUCUCUACAAUUCGUGACUUACAUACCAAAAUACACACCAGUUACAUAUUGCCAAGAAUUAAAUGGUAACUCUAGAGACUGCGUAGAUGGAAAAUGCCUAAUUACGCAUAUAUUCUUGUGCCUCAUACUUCACCAUAAAUACAGUGUAAUGUCAUUAGUCCAAAACUGCUUUACUUUUGUAAGAACACUGGUUAAUUUGUAUAAGAUAUUAUAUAGCUUUUUAUGCUUUAGAGAUUAAAUAAUGUCAUAGGGGGAAACUAAUUUAUUUUUGUCACUUCUAGAUGGUGGUACCUCUUAUAAAAUGUUUGCAGGCGUAGUUUGAUGUUUUUCUUCUUUUAAUCAAAAGCCUAUAUAUACAGUGGGAUAUAUAGAUGGAUAAAUAUUUAGGCUGAGAGAUAUUUUUUAACAUUUAUCUUUAACUUGUUUGGGCUAAUUAAGAAGGUGUCUAAGAGUUAAUGUUCAUUUUCUGCUCUGACCUUUAAAAUUCCUGUUGCUUUUCCUUGUUCUCAAAAGGAAAAGGAAUGAUUUUUUUUUU